GGGAAAAGGGCGGAUCUGCAGAGUGGAAAACGGCUCUCCUCAAUCGCUCCUUCAUCCCUCUGUUUUCUUUCCUACACGCAUCAGCUCUCGUUCAAUCGCCCCAGUUCCUUUUCCUACUCCACCGAGCCAUCCUCAUCGAUAAGUCUUUACUCUUGCCUCGCUCUCCUUCAAGGAAGGAUCCAUAAAAUAAAAUUCAACUACAUACAUAGUCCAGAAUACAAGUACUCCCUCAAGCACACUCCACUCAAUUCGCUCAGCAGACCUCCAAGCACCAUGGCAUCCUUUAUGUCGAUGCAGUAUGACUCGGACUCAGAUUCUGCUGAUGAUCUUGACUUUGAACCCGCCAGCGGAGCCAGCUCAGGUUCAGAUAGCGACAGCGGACCAGAUAUGGAUGAGACAAUGGGCGAUGAAAUUGUCGAGGAUGAAGUUAUGAACGGCGAUACCGUCGUAGAAGACUUGUUUGCGAAACCGGCAAAAAAGACGCGAAAGAAGGGUACUCCAGCUUCAGCAGUAACUAAAGCGGUUACACCGGAUGCAUCUGCUAUAUCUGUACCAGCAACUGCAACACCUGCAACAUCUGCAACAUCAACAGCAGCACCAAUGCAGGACGUAGUCCCGUCAGCAGGAGUAGCAGUAAAUGCAACGGCCGAGGCAGCAGCGCCAGCACCGGGGGCGCCUCUUAGCGCUAACGAUUCUAAUGCUCCUGCUCCGGGCGAGGUCGCAAAAAAGAAGAAGGGACCGAAGAAAGGGACGAAAUAUAAAAAGAGGACACCGGCUGUAGCAGCGGAUGGAUCCAAACCAGCAGGAAAGACACCAAAGGCAUCGAAGAUGACGAAGAAGGCGGCGGCGGCAGCAGCAGCGGCGGCGGCAGAGGCAGAGACGGAGGCAGUUCGACAGAAGCAGGCGGAAGCUUCAGUAUCAGGACGGUUUGGAUUUUUGAAUACCCAGGUCGAUAUAGACCACCCAUUAGAGACGUUCAAGUGGCCGUACUCACCCUUCACGCCCGAGUUCAAGUCGCAACAUCAGGCGCGGAAUAAGAUGGCGAACGAUUUGCAUCAGGCCGUUCAGGAGAUGACGGACAACAACAACCGAGCAACGUGGCAUUUGCAAGAGCUCGAUAAUCAGCUACAGAUAAGCCGGCAGGGCCUGAGGACGAGUUUGGAUGAGAUUCAGUUCCGGAAGAGCCAGCUGAGAGAUAUGAGUCUGCUGGCGGUCGAUAUUGUGAGGAAACUAUCAUCACCACGGCAGCGGCCACCACCGCCGCCGAGGACAUUGUCAUCGUCGUCAUCUUCGGGUACCGCAUCUGGAACGGAGUCUGCUGGAGGAGAUGGAGGAGAGACAGGAGGGUAUGGCUCAUCGUAUAAGACGACGGUGAGUCAUUUGGAUGGCGAUCGCAUGGAGGUGGAUGAUGUGGAGAGUGGAGAGGAGCAGUAUGGGCAGAUGCAUGGUCAGGGUCGGGAACAACAACAAUCCCAGCAGCAGCAGCAACAGAGUUUGAAGGGGCUGAAUGAAGGAAAUGUGAGGUCGUUUCUGGAGAAGAUUCGGGAGUUGGAGCUCGCGCAGCGACAUGUCGUGGUGUAA